AUGAUGCAGGGGCAGUGCAAGAACCCGCUCGCCCACAAGAUGACUGUCCCCAAGUCUCAACCCUUAAGGAGCAGUCCAGAAGGCAGCAUCUACGUGGUGGGUGCAGCUUUCAGCCUACUUUCACCUCCACCGCCCUGUGUGCCGGCAGCGGCGGCAGCAGCUGGAGCUCCGGAGGACUUGCGCGCAGCUGCCCACGGGGAGAACCACAUCCUUAAGUUUCUGUUCCUGAAACAGCUCGGCCACAAAGCCUCGCUAGAGAGCAACGACCAGACCGCGGGCACCUGUGGGAUGUGGGAUGCAGCUCCUGUACCCUGUGUGCUCAGAGCUGGUAGGGCUUGGGGCCCUGUGAGCUAUGAGGCUCUUGGGGAGCCUGCUCCACCAGUUUGGCAGAACCCCUGUGAAGACAGCCCUGCCUGGCGCUUGUGUUGCAGGGACUGUUUCAAGGCCUUCUACAUCCACAAGUUCAGAGCCAUGCUGGGGAAGAACCGUCUUAUCUUUCCUGGAGAGAAGGUGCUCUUGGCAUGGUCUGGUGGGCCCUCAUCCAGCUCCAUGGUCUGGCAGGUCGUUGAGGGCCUGAGUCAACACUCUGCUAAGAGGCUGCGCUUUGUGCCAGGGGUCGUCUAUGUGGACGAGGGUGCAGCCUGUGGCCAGAGCCUAGAAGACAGAGCAAAAACCCUGGCUGAGGUGAAGCAGGUUCUGCACACUGUCGGCUUCCCGUGGCAUGUGGUGUCCCUGGAAGAGGUGCUCGGCCUGCCGCCGUCGGUCCUGCGGUACUGUCCCCGGGAGCCAGCCGGGACCGAGGGCACCUACAAGGCGGCCGUGGACAACUUCCUCCAGCAGCAGCAUGCGCUGGAGACCCAGGGUGCCGAGGACAGCUGUGGCCCAGCUUGGGGGCAGGAGGAGCAGUGCUGGCCUCAGAGCCAGGACCCUCAUGAGCCCCUGAGUCCAGCUGGGUUCCCCCCUGCUGCCCAGACCGAGGCCCUGUGCAGACUGUUCGAGUCCGUACGGACGCUGACGGCCAAGGAGGAGCUCCUGCAGACGCUGCGGAGCCACCUGAUCCUGCACGUGGCCCGAGCCCACGGCUACUCCAAGGUGAUGACUGGGGACAGUUGCACUCGCCUGGCCAUCAAGCUCAUGACCAACCUGGCCCUAGGCCGAGGGGCCUUCCUUGCCUGGGACACGGGCUUCUCAGACGAGCGGCACGGGGAUGUGGUGGUGGUGCGGCCCAUGAGGGACCACACACUGAAGGAAGUGGCCUUCUACAACCGCCUGUUCGCUGUCCCCUCAGUCUUCACACCGGCUGUGGACACUAAGGCCCCUGAGAAAGCCAGCAUCCACCGGCUGAUGGAGGCCUUCGUCCUCAGGCUGCAGGUGCAGUUUCCCUCCACAGUCAGCACUGUGUACAGGACAAGCGAGAAGCUGGUCAAAGCGCCCAGGGAGGGCUGUGCAGGUGGGCCCGAGGGCCCCCGCUGCCUCCUCUGCCUGUGCACCCUGGACAUCGACACUGCUGACAGUGCCACAGCUUUUGGGGCUCAGACCUCGACUUUCUCCCAGAUGCCGCCGUCCGCCCUACAGGCUGAGUCUGGGAUGCCUGCCGCCCCCUGCCACACUGUAGGCCCGGGCUGCUGCUGGAAGGCCUGUGGGAGGGAGGACGACAGGCAGACCCAGGUCAUCCAGCAGCUGUGCUACAGCUGCCGGGCGAACAUGAAGGACCUGCCCUCCAUGGACCCUUUACCCCCCUACAUCCUGGCCGAGGCCCAGCUCCGCAGCCAGAGGGCUUGGGUCAUGCAGGAAAUCCAGGAGUAUCUGAUCGAGGACAGUGGCGACGAGGCAGAGACCACUCAGAGCUGAGCCCCGACACACUUGUGGCCGGCAUGGGCAGCUCUCCACUCGGGGCGGAAGGCAAGGCUGUGGGGCUGGCUCGGGCUUGUCCAUUUGUAUAAAUAAAAAGGUUUUAAUUA